GCGGAGGGGGGGGAGAAGCCCCUGCUGAUUGGUUGAGGCGCAGUUUUCCGGUGUCCGGGGAGAUUUCCGUUUCCGGGGACUGGAAGGGGCAGGAUGCUGGGGGACUUGCUGAUUUGCGGGACGCUGUUGGUCAAUGCAGGAGCAGUGUUGAACUUCAGGCUGAAGAAGAAGGAGAGCCAGGGAUUUGGUGAAGAGGUGAAGGAACCAACCACAGGUGAUAAUAUCAGAGAGUUUUUGCUGAGUCUGAGGUACUUCCGGAUUUUCAUAGCCUUGUGGAAUAUCUUCAUGAUGUUCUGUAUGAUUGUAUUAUUUGGAUCUUAAACACAUUUGGUGGACUGAAGUGACGUCCUUGGAGAUGGCAUUCUUCUGGAAAUAUGACCUUUCGACCUUAUGGAGUAAAAGAUUGCUAAGUUUUUAGUAAUGGAUUCUGUCCUGUUCUUUCUCCCAGAAUAUUAGAGGAACGCUUUGCAUGUGUAUUUUUGAGCAGAAUGCCUUUGUGAAAAUUGAACACGUUUUCUUCUGAGAGCUAGUCAGCAAAUAAAGCUUGUUUCUGUGGCUG